AUGAUGGACAUUGAAAAAUUAAUUUUGGGAGUAUUCGAAAGACAGGCAUUAUGGGACCAAACAAAUAAGGAUUACCACAGCCGAGAUAUGGCUCGUAAGAUGUGGAUAUCCCUGGCAAAAGAAAUGGGUGAAAACAGUGAUGUACUCAAAUCAAAAUGGCGGGGACUAAGAGAUAACUUUAGAAAAGAACUAGCAAAAACAAAAAAAGGGCGAUCCGGAGAUGCUGGUGGAAUAUCAAUACCAUCAAAAUUGCUUUAUUUCACACUGAUGCUUUUCCUAAAAGACAACAUGACCCAAAGAAAUGCUACGGGAAAUAUUCCUCCUCUCAAUAACCAAGAAAAUUCAUACGAUGAAAAUACUACGCCAGAUACAAUCUCUGAACCUGAUUAUGAUAGAAAUCAUAAUUCUGAAUUUAAUUCAGAUUCAGAAUUAAAUACUGACACUAUGCCUACGACACCCAAGGCUGCUAAAAUAGCUCAAGCAAAUAAGAAAACGGGUACAAAGAGUAAAAAAGCUAAAUCUUCAGUAUAUGAAAAAAUAAUAGCUAUAGAAGAAGAAAAACUGAAAGCAUAUAGAGAAAAGUGUAAGGAAAGAACAAAGGAAGAAGAUAGUGACUUUCAUUUCCUCAUGAGUCUGAUGCCUUACAUGAAGAAAAUAUCCGAAGACCAAAAAUUGUCAGUGCGAAUAAAAAUACAACAAUUUCUUUUGGACGCCCAGCCGCGUGCUCAGUCUGUCAGAACAAGAACUACUGCAGUGGACCAAGAAACCGAUCAAAGCAGGUAUCAAGUGGUACUGCCAUCAGCUUCAUCAGAAAACGAACUAGGAUGUUCAGAUGUGCGAAAAAUGCAACAAGUUCUUUUGGAAGUCCAGCCACGUGCUCAGUCUGUCUGGACAAGAACUACUGCAGUGGAUCAAGAAAUGGAUCAAAACGAAGCAGGAUAUUCAGGUGUUCGAGAAUACUUACAUAAUUUUCAGUAG